AUUUUAGGUGACUUGUCCCACCUUAUAAUUUGGACGAGUGAUGACUCCCUUUCUUUUAUAUUUUUCACACUUAAUAAUGAACAUAAUAAUAAUAAUUUUUCAUUAUUUUGAAAUCUUAAGUAGUCGUCAACAGGAAGAAGAAGAGAUGAAGUUUGCAUCUUGGGAAAAUUACACCCCAGAUGAAGAUUGCAUCUCAAGAAGAAAAAAGAUGAAGUUGGCAUCUCAGAAAAGGAGGACAAAGUUUGCGUCUUGGGGAAUUACAUCCUAGGUGAAGAUUGCAUUUCAGAAAAGAAAAGAUGAGGUUCAUGUCUUGGAAAACCACAGCCUAGACCACAUCCCAAGAAAGAAGAUGAAAUGUUCACUUACAGAUGCUUAAAAUUGGGUUAUUUUUUGAUUCUUUACUUUGCUUUUUUGUAAAAAGAAAAGUACAGAGGGAGCAAUUGUCUUAACUCAAUUUUAAUUGGGGUCAAAUGAUGAAAUUAGAAGUCAAUGGACCAUUCUGUAAAAAAUGGAAACUUGAAGGGGUGAAAGGAGGAAAUGGCGAAACGAUGUCGUUUUGACCUAUGGGCUAAAAAAAUAAAAAGAGAGGCUAGCUUCAGUCGAACCCUAGCCCUCAUUUUUCACAACUCCUCUUGCUUCCUCUUGCUUUGCCACCAGCCACUCUCCCUAAAUUCCCAAAUUCUUUUGGUUUAUCCCUAAAUCUAUUUGAGUUUGGAUAGGUUAUUACAUCAAUAUGAAGGACUAUCCAGAUUAGAAGUCUUCAACAAGAAUUGCAAAAGAUGUUUUUGAAGUCGAUUCAAAUUGGGAGUCCUAAUCUUUAAAUGGUAUGAAUCUAGUUUUGAAAGAGGGAAGAUGUGUAAAGAACUAGGUUAGUUUUAGAAUUCCUAUUUCAAAUAGGAUUGGAUUAUUAUCUAUAAUUUUAGGGAUUUGGAUUAGGAUUGAGAACUAGAAAGGGAUUC